GUACUAACCCGCCGUUUAGUGCACUGAGAACGUCGCGUUUGAUGCUGUAGAAUCUGUGGCAAAAGGUUCGCUGUACUUUGCGACCUUUUCUCUAAACCACGAACGGAGCUUUGAGAGACCUUGAGAGCAGAGGCAGAGUUUAAUCGUCCAUGGGGAGUCGCUCGAUUUUCUGUAAUCUCAAAAGAAAUUGCGGCGAUACGCUUGCAAUAGCUAGGUGGCGGCGGCCAAUAAGUUCUGUUGCUUGCUCGAAUUACGCGAUGAAAAGGCCUGGUGCAAGAACUGUUGCUGCUGGUGAUAAUAAAGAAAGUCUAAAGAGGAGGAUUCUGGGACUGAAAUCGCCAAUCGAAAGUGCAACCAGGGUGCUCCGAGAUUGGGUUGAUUCAGGUCGCAAGGUUGACAUUACGGAGCUCCUAUCCAUUACCGAAAUUCUACACAAAUCCAGGCGCUACAAUCAGGCCCUCGAGAUUUUGACAUGGAAAGAAGCUCAAAAAGGUUUACAGAUGUCAGCUGUUGAUAAUGCCAGUAAAGUGAAAUUACUCAUCAAGGUCGGUGAUUUCACAGCAGCCGAAGAACAUUUCAAUCGUUUACCCAACAAUGCUUCCCAGAAAGCGGCUUGUCUCCCUCUUCUUAAUGGUUAUGUAAAAGAAAGGAACAUUGGGAAAGCCGAGGCUUUCAUGAGGAAGCUCUCUGCUUUGGGGCUGACCCUCAGUCCCCAUCCAUACAAUGAAAUGAUGAAACUGUAUGUGGCAACAUCUCAGUAUGAGAAAGUACCUUUGGUUAUCAAGGAAAUGACUCGAAACCAAAUACCCAAAAAUGUUCUAUCAUACAACAUUUGGAUGGAUGCUUGUGCCCAAUCAUCUGGUGUUGCAAAAGCUGAAGCCGUGUAUGCUGAAAUGCUGAGUGAUAAGAGUGUCGAUUUGGGUUGGAGCACGAUGUCUACUUUAGCUAAUAUUUAUUCCAAGGCAGGUCUGGUUGUGAAAGCAGAUAUUGCCCUCAAAACUGCAGAAACAAAGCUGUCUGCAAGUAAUAGGUUUGGUUAUAUCUUCCUUAUGACUCAAUACACAUCUUUGAAAAAAAAGACUGAGGUUCUUCGGCUUUGGCAAACAAGUAAGGCCGUAGGUAAGAGAAUGACUUGUGCCAAUUAUAUGUGCAUAUUAUCAUGUUUGGUUCGGUUGGGUGAUAUUGUAGAAGCGGAGAGGGUGUUUAUGGAGUGGGAGUCCAACUGUAGAAACUAUGAUAUUAGAGUCUCCAAUGUCCUUUUAGGUGCAUACAUGCAGAAUGGAUGGAUGGAUAAAGCUGAAUCACUGCAUCGCCGCACAUUGGAGAAAGGAGGGUGUCCCAAUUACAAGACGUGGGAAAUUCUGAUGGAAGGGCGGGUGAGAAGCCAUAACAUGGUGAAGGCCAUCGAUGCUAUGAAGAGAGGGUUUGUUAUGUUAAAAGAUUGUCACUGGAGGCCACCCCAUUGGAUUCUUGUGGCCAUUGCUGAAUACUUGGAGAAACAUGGGAAUUUGGAAGAUGCAAACAACUUUUUUAGAGAGAUUCAGCGUUUGGGUCUUGCAAGUUCAGAGAUAUAUAAAUCGUGGCUUAGAAAUUAUCUUUUGGCUAAGAGACCAGCUCUCGGCAUCCUUGAAAUGAUGUACAAGGAUGGAAUUGAGAUUGAUAAUGAGAUUUCUACCCUUGUUCAGGGUUUCGACGAGCAAAGUAAAAUCAACUCCAGGGAUUAGUGACAAUGCCUUACAGCUGUUCUUGGGAUCAAACAGAUUAUAUUAUAGGGGAAAGAAGAUUGUCGAUGUUCCCGGUUAAAAGCUCCAUCAACUCAGCCAGCUCGUUGAUAUAGAGAAAUAGUGCACGAGUCAGAGCAGCUGCUCUUGAUGGAUGCCACUAGAACCUUGUCUUCCAACGAAACCAUUAUAGCAGCUUUGAGAUUGCAGGGUAACUACUUCUAAGUUCCAUCUUGCUAAGUUGUAUCCAAAAUGAAUACAUGGUGUUGUAUUGCUACUAAAUUUGGAAUUUAACAGUAACUGAUAAUCGAGUUCUACACAUUCCAAACGAAA